AUGGCCUCCCGAAAACGAAACGAAUUCCUCGACAUCGACGCGAGUGAUGCAGAGCAAAGCGAUUACGGAUAUGACUCUGAAGCUGCAGAGGAGUCGAAAACACGAGCAUCCAAGCGGCGGAAAGUUCUAGAUAUCGAUAACCGCUUUUCAAACUUGGAGGAAGACGAGGAUGAUAAUGAUGACCGUGAUGAACAUGAUGAACAUGAUGAUGAUACGCAAAAGCCAAAGGAGAAGCCUGUCAAACCACUCGUCAAGGCCCCCAAGAAGAACAAGACUGGGGUGGUUUAUUUGUCGUCACUACCACCAUAUUUAAAGCCGAGCGCACUCAAAUCACUACUUCUCCAGCGAAAUUUUGGCCCUAUCUCCAGGGUCUUCCUCACUCCAUCUGUACCCUCUACUAGCGGUAGCGGCAGACGCAACAAUCGGCGCAAGACAUAUUCAGAUGGAUGGGUGGAAUUCGAGUCGAAGAAGACAGCCAAGCUUUGCGCGGAGACGUUGAAUGCAAAUAUCGUCGGUGGGCGCAAGGGCGGUUGGUAUCACGACGAUAUCUGGAACAUAAAAUAUCUCAAGGGCUAUCGCUGGUCAGAUCUGAUGGAGCAGAUAAAUAACGAGAGGUCUACGAGAGAAGCGCAGCGACGCAUUGAGGAUAUGCGCGCGCGUAAAGAGGACAAGGUGUUUCUGUCUGGGGUGGAGAAGGGUAAAGUUGUGGAGGGAAUUCGGAAGAAGCGAGAGGAGAAGAAGGCGGCGGCGGCGGCAAAAUCUAGUGAUGGGGAUGUUGCGCCGGAAGAUUUGCAAGUUCGCAGAGUCUUUAGGCAAAAUGAAGUUAAACAGAGGAAGGAAGAUCAAGAUCUUGGCUCUAUUGGCGAGGAUGCAAGGAGAGUCCUGGGGAAGAUCUUCUAG